CAACGCUCCGCUGCCGCCAGCACCCCCGCGACCCGGACCGCGCGCCCGCUCGCCCCAGCCAACGGCUCCGCCACCAUGGAGGACAUGAACGAGUACAGCAAUAUAGAGGAAUUCGCCGAGGGUUCCAAAAUCAACGCGAGCAAGAACCAGCAGGAUGACGGUAAAAUGUUUAUUGGAGGCUUGAGCUGGGAUACAAGCAAGAAAGAUCUGACUGAGUAUUUGUCUCGAUUUGGGGAAGUUGUAGACUGCACAAUUAAAACAGACCCAGUCACUGGAAGAUCAAGAGGAUCUGGAUUUGUGCUUUUCAAAGAUGCUGCUAGUGUUGAUAAGGUUUUGGAAUUAAAAGAACACAAACUGGAUGGCAAAUUGAUAGACCCUAAAAGAGCCAAAGCUUUAAAAGGGAAAGAACCCCCUAAAAAGGUGUUUGUGGGAGGAUUGAGCCCAGAUACUUCUGAAGAACAGAUUAAAGAAUAUUUUGGAGCUUUUGGAGAGAUAGAAAAUAUUGAACUUCCCAUGGAUACAAAAACAAAUGAAAGGAGAGGAUUUUGUUUCAUCACAUACACAGAUGAAGAACCAGUCAAGAAACUGUUAGAAAGCAGAUACCAUCAAAUUGGUUCUGGAAAGUGUGAAAUCAAAGUUGCACAGCCCAAAGAGGUAUAUCGGCAGCAACAGCAACAACAAAAAGGAGGAAGAGGUGCUGCAGCUGGUGGACGAGGUGGUACUAGGGGUCGUGGUCGAGGUCAGGGCCAAAACUGGAACCAAGGAUUUAAUAACUAUUAUGAUCAAGGAUAUGGAAAUUACAAUAGUGCCUAUGGUGGUGAUCAAAACUAUAGUGGCUAUGGCGGAUAUGAUUAUACUGGGUAUAACUAUGGGAACUAUGGAUAUGGACAGGGAUAUGCAGACUACAGUGGUCAACAGAGCACUUACGGCAAGGCAUCUCGAGGAGGUGGCAAUCACCAAAACAAUUACCAGCCAUACUAAAGAGGAAGACAUUGGAGGAAACAGGAGAUGCUAAAGAAAUCUUCCAGGACUACACUGAAGAUUGGCCUUCUGUUGCUCUAAUGAUUAUUUUGUAAAAGACUUUCUAGUGUACAAGACACACUGUCCAACUGUAUAUAGCUGCCAAUUAGUUUUUUUGUUUUUACUUUGUCCUUUGCUAUGUGUUAUGACUGUGGAUUUGUGUUUAUACAAAUUUUAUUUGUAUGAUUUCUCAUGUUAAACCCCAAAUAAAUGC